GUUACUAUUUUUAGACCAGAUUGGCUCUCUGCUCACGUGGUAUCAUUUCAGACUGAAAGAAGUGCAGUCCUUGUUUUGCUGAUCUGCGCUGCCGCAUACGCAUAUAAUCUGAGGCACUGCCAUAUGAGAUUGAAGUCAUGGGAGACCGUUACAACAUUCACAGUCAACUAGAGCAUUUACAGUCAAAGUAUGUGGGGACUGGCCAUGCUGACAUCUCAAAAUUUGAAUGGGUUGUGAACCAGCACAGAGACUCCCUCGCCUCGUACAUUGGACACCCCAACCUCACUGAGUUUUUUGCCAUCGCUGAGAAUGAGAGUAAAGCUAGAAUAAAAUUCAAUUGUUUACAGAAAAUGCUGCAACCGUGUGGAGUUCCUCCUGAAAAGCCUGAAGAGGACUAAACUCUAGUGAACUCUUUCUCUUUUUCACUGCAUUAUCUUAUUAUGCCACUCCCAAUAAUGUUUUUCAUUGACACACGACCAUUGAUUAUGACUGCAUAAUUAUAUAAAAUUAA